UGUCCCUGCACUGAGCUGGCUCCCGCCGGUUUCGACUUGGAAACGCGGUACGGCCUGUGUCCGCACGGAGAGCCCGUAGGAGCGGGAAGGCGGGAAAGAGAAAAUAAAACGGAACGCAUCGAGACAAAAUAUAACGUGGAUAAAUAUUAUAGAAAAAAAACAUAUAGCUAUAGGGAGACAAAAUAUAUAAAGAGAAAGUUUCCCCGUUCUCUGUGUUGCGGACUCUGACGGGAUGGCGGAUGGGGAUCGGGCCGCGCUCUCUCAGAGGCUUCGUGCUGCUGUUCACUACACAGUUGGGUGUCUUUGUCAGGAGGUUGGGGAAGAUAAAGGAUUAGAAUUCAGUAAACAAACCAUUGCUGCCAUAGCAGAAACAACCUUCAGACAAUGUGAGAAUUUUGCUGCGGACCUUGCGCUUUUUGCAAAACAUGGAAAGCGCACCACUGUCAACACAGAUGAUGUGAAACUGCUGGCAAGGAGGAGCAAAGCCCUGCUGAACUUCAUUACGGAGAAAUGUAAUGAACUAGCUUCCAGUAAUGCGGAGCAGAAAGAGAAGAGAGCAGUCCCAACAGGAAAAGGAAAGAAGAAAUCUGAUCGCCACCUUGAGCCUAUGGUAACUGAAAGUGAAGAUGUUGCCAUUGAUUAAUCUACAGAAAAGGCAUUUCAAAUUGAAAGUUUAUCUUGGACCUGGUACAGAAAGUGAGAUCUCUGCAGCUCAUUCAACAAAAUUUCUCAUGCCUGUCUUUGAAGAUUGGAAGAUUGGAAGAUGCAAAUGAGCACCAAAUUUGGAUUACAUAAAGUUUGAAAUUGUUAUGGAAACGACAAUAAAAAAAAGAUGAGGUUCAGGUAAAUAGACAUCAGUCUUUCUUGGCCUGGUGACUGAUUUUGUAAAUGAUGACUGGUACCUUUUUGGACUAUAAUUUACAGUGAAUAAAGUUGUCUCAGAACUUUUGGAUGCAUUGAAAUUAGUUUCUGCAUUCUUAAUCGGAUUUAAUUUGUCUGUGCAAAGUAAUACUGUUGAUUACUUCAAGGUUUUAUCAGUACUUAAAUUUUUCAUUAAAAUGGAUGUAUAAUAAAUUUAUUUUGUUUCAUCGUAAUUCUGUAAAAUACUAGGCUGAAUAUUUCUUUGGAAGCAGAAAGGAGGCAAAGCACCUGCUUUGAGUUAAAUAAAAACAAGAAAAUGGGUAUUCCUCAUGGCCCAUCCAGUCUAAUGGCAGGACCUGAUUAACACUGGGAGUCGGCCAUCAGGUGGACAGCCCUCACUCAGCUCCAUGUUCUGUUUGGGAGAACAAUAUAAAAGAGGAGGAAGGAGGCAUUGAAAUACUGGGCAAGCUAGAAGGGUUGGUAGAAAGAUUGGAUGUUUCAAGAAUGAGAUCUGAAAAAUUGAGGGGAAUAUAGUGGGCCUGUUAGAUGUACUCGGAAGCUUUGGGGUAUAGGCUAAGUGGGUAAGUGGGACCCAGCAGCAGGGAAGUGGAAAGAAGCCUACCUUGUGAAUCCAACAGUUCUUGUCUUUUCUGCAGGAGUUUCAUGAGAGGUGGAAUGUGCUGUUUAAAAAUGAGGCCAGAAGCCUCAGACGGUACACCACUCCUUCAGUAAAAUACUGAAAUGUCAAACAAGAGAAGGCACUCAGGUCUCUAAAUCAGAUGAACAGUGUUCAAACCUCAAAUGUCAGAGAUUUAUAGCUAAACCAAAAUCAAAACAGCGGUCACCUUGCUCUGUAUAGCUCAAUACGUAAAUCCUUAUUGGUUUUAUUUAAAUUAUUCCUCCUCAUCCACCCUAACCAUAGUUAAACAUGGCUUGAGAGUGGUUCUGUUUUCAAACAGUCAUCCACAGGAGGUAUAAGAAAUUAUAUAAAGUUCAUUGUUUCCUCCAUCAUAGAUGAUGCCUCGCCUAAGUCCGUAAGAAAAAGGAGCAGAAUUAGGCUAUUUGGUCCAUCACUCAUGUUCUACCAUUUGAUCGUGGCUAAUAUGUUUCUCAACCUUGUUCUCCUGCCAUCUCCCAGUAACCUUUGAGCCCUUUACUAACCAAGCACUCAUCUCUAUUUUAGCUGCACUCAAUCACUUGGCCUUCACAGUCCUCUGUGGCAGUGAAUUCCACACAUUAAUCAUCUUCUGUCUGAAGAAAUUCCUCCUCAUCUCAGUACUAAAUGGUCAAACCUUCACUCUGAGGCUGUGCCCUUGGGUCCUAGACUCUCCUACAAGUGGAAACAUCUUCUCCAUAUCUACUUCAUCCAGACCCCUCAGUACUCUGUUUCGAUCAGAUUGCCUCUCAUCCCUCUAAUCUGGGAGUACAGACCCAGACACUCAACCCCAAGCCCUUCGACCUUGUGAUUAAUCUUGUAGACUUGCGCCAGUUCCAGCACAUCCUUGCUUAGAUAUGGGACAUAAAACAAUAAUAAGCUCACAAUAUUCCAAAUGUGGUCUCAACAAGGCUUAAACAGCCUCAGCAGUACAUCUUUGGUCUGGUUUGCUAGCCAACUGGAAGUGGAUGCUACCAUUGCAUUUGCUUUCUUAACUGCCAUUUGAAACUCCAUGUUGACCUUGAGAGAAUCCUGAAGUAGGAUUCUUAAGUCCCUUUGUGCUUCAGAUUUCUAAAGCCUCUCGCCAUUUAGAAAAUAGUCUAUGCCUUGAUUAUUCCUUACAAGGUAAAUAACCUCACACUUUCCCACAUUAUAUUCCAUCUGCCACUUCUUGACCCAUUCUCCUAGCUUGUCCAUGUCUUUCUGAUGCCUCCCUGCUACCUCAACACUACCUGUCCCUCCCCCUAUCUUUGUGUUAUCUGCAAACUGAACAACAUGUUCUCAGUUCCUUUGUCAGAUUGUUAAUGGAUAAUUUGAAUGGUGUGGUCCGGUACACAUUCCUUUGGAACUCCAGUAGUCGCUGGUUGCAAUUGUGAAAAAGACCCCUUUAUCCCUACUUGCUUCCAGUCAGCCAAUCCCCUUUCCUUGCCAGUACCUUGCCCCUAACACUGCGGACUCUUAUUCAGCAGCUUCCUGUGUAUUACUUUGUCAGAGGCCUUCUGGAAAUCCAAAUAGAUCUGGUCGACUGGCUCUUCUUAGUCAAAUUUGCUCAUUACCUUGUCAAAGAAUUCUAACAAAUUUGUCAGAUAUGACUUCCCCCGACAAAGCUAUACUGACUCAGUCCUAUUUUUACCAUGCACUUCUAAACACUCCUCAAUCUCAUCCUUAAUAAUGAAUUAUAAAAAUCUUAUCAAUGACCAAGGUCUGGCUCGCCAGCAUAUAGUUUCCUGACUCCCUCCCUCCCUUAAAUAGGGGUGUUUUCUUAGCUAUUUUCCAGUUCUCUGGGACCCUCCCUGACUCUAUUGUUACCUGAAAGAUUGCCACCAAUGCCUCUGCAGCCUCCUCAGGUAUUGCCUUCAGAACCCUGAUACAUAGUCCAUGUGGUUCAGGUGGUUUAUCCAAGUUCAGUCCUUUCAGCUUCCCAACACCAUCUCCAGAGUGAUAGCCAGUACACUCAUCUCUAUCCCCAACUCUCUUAAAGUUCUGGAGCGCUGUUGGUAUCUUCCACUGUGAAACUAAUCCAAAAUACCCAUUCAGUUCCUCUGCCGUUUCUUUGUUCCCCAUCACUACUUCUCCAGCUUCAUUUUCCAGCAAUGCCGAGUUUCGUCUUUGUCUUACCUUUUUAGAUUCUUGCAAUCUUCAUCUACAUUACUAGCUAGCUUACACCAAUAUUUCAUCUUCUUCUUGAUAUUGCUUUUUAAAUUGUCCUCUGCUAGUUUUUAAAAGCGUCCGAAUCCUUUGGCUUCCCACUAAACUUCACCACAUUGUAUGUUUUUUUCUUUUGCUUUUAUGCUGCCCCUGGCUUCCCUUGUCAGCAACGGUUGCCUCAUCUUCCCUUUAGUACAUUUCUUCCUUGGGAUGAAUAUCUGCUAACACCUCCCUAAUAAUCCCUAGAAACCCCCUGCCUUGUUGCUCCACCACCUUCCCUUCCCUUUCCGAUCAGUUCUGGCCAGCUCCUCCAUCAUGUCUUUGUAGUUACUUUUACUCAAUUGUCAUACUGUUACAUCUGACUCCAGCUUCUCCGUCAAACUGCAGGGUGAAUUCUAUCAUGUUAUGUUCACUGACCCAUAGGGAUUCCUUCACCUUAAGCUCCCUAAUCCAAUUUGCCUCAUUACAUACACCAAAUCCAGAAUUGUGAUCAGAGAUAAUGGGAACUGCAGAUGCUGGAGAAUCCAAGAUAACAAAUUGUGGGGCUGGAAGAU